CUAAACAGGAAGCAGUUAGCCAGAAGGUUAUCGGCUGAACAUAGAGGCGAGAGCAAAUAACGUUACAUUUCGCCCGUGAUAAUGGCGUUUGUUUUUUAUUUUGGCAACAGUUCAGUGAAGUAUAUCUCCACUUAAGAAGAAAAUACAGUCUUGGAGAAUCCCAUCAAACUAGCUAACUAAUGUAAAAAAAAUUAAAAAUAAUAAAAAGCAAGUUGCCCCUGAAGAGCUAACAACGUUAGCCAUUUUCUUUGUUAAUUGGCUGGCUAGCGAGCUGAAACGUGUACCGGGCUACAUGUCAAUUUCCUCUUUGUUUGCAAGCCCGUGUGUCUAACUAACUAUUGAUGUAACUAGGUAACAAGCGAACUAACGUUAACGACCAAUGAGUUACGAGGUGAUUGUGCAGGUCAGGCGUACACAGUAUAUCGUUUUUUCUGACCGGGGUCGUAUGAACAUCCCUGGUCUGUGUGCUGCAGAGGAGGUUCCCCGGAUAAAUCCUCAUUAUCACGUCCAUCUGUGGAACUAAUUGUCUCUAUUUUCUACUUGAGACAAGUCUGAUUGAAGAACAAGAACAUCUACAGACAAACCCGUGUUCGUAUCCAGGCGGUUGUCAUGCACCUGUAAUCCACUUCCUGUCAGCCAGACAGCCGGGCCCAGCCACCCAGACCCAGCGCUCCGGUCCAGUGGGUCCCCAUGGAGCCCAGUAAUGACGUAGCGUUGGAUAUCAUUAUCACCAAUGUGGUGGCUGUAUUCAGGACACGCUGCCACCUCAACCUGCGCACCAUCGCUCUGGAGGGGGUCAACGUAAUCUAUAAACCUGAAUAUGGGAAAGUCCUGAUGAAACUCCGCAAACCCAGGAUCACCGCUUCCAUCUGGUCUUCAGGGAAAAUCAUCUGUACGGGCGCUACCAGCGAGGAUGAGGCUAAGCAGGGAGCCCGGAGGUUAGCCCGCACCCUGCAGAAACUGGGCUUCAAGGUGAGGUUCUCAGAGUUCAAGGUGGUGAAUGUCCUGGCAGUGUGCUCCAUGCCCUUCGCCAUCCGACUCAUCGACUUCACCAAGAACAACCGGCCCAUCGCCAGCUAUGAGCCAGAGCUCCACCCCGCUGCCACCUACAGGAUCAAAACCCUCAAGGCCACCGUCCAGGUCUUCUCUACCGGCAGCCUUACCAUCACAGGACCAAAUGUUCAGGCUGUAGCCACGGCCGUAGAGCACAUCUACCCCAUGCUGUUAGAGUGUCAGAAACCCCUCCGCAAAUAACACACACGGAAAAACAAGAACCGGAAUGGAGAGAGAAAGACAGAGGCUAAAAAGCACCUCAUCCAUUGGAUGCAUUGUAUUAUCCUCAACUUGUCUGCCCCGGCAACAGUCUGGGCCUUUGUCCUGAUUGGCUGGAUUUGUCCAGGGAGUCAGAAAGGCAGCUUCCGUCCUCCUACUGUCCAAUGACCUGUUGUCAUUGGUGACAGCUACGCCCUCUGAACUUUGACCCUGGAUGACCUCUACAGGAUGACUUCUACAGUAUGACCUCUAACCUUUCACCUUUAGCAGCCAGCCAGCCAAUGAUGGCUGCUCCAGUGACUGAUUCACACUAGAAGGGGCGGGACUCUCCAAAGCCAACCAUGACUCAUUAUUAUUUUAGAUUUGAUGAUGUCACAGGUUGUGUUCCAAAUGGCAGCCUAUUCCCUAUAUAGUGCACUACUUUAGACCAGGACCCUAUUCCCUACAUAGUGCACUACUAUAGACCAGAGCCCUAUUCCCUAUAUAGUGCACUACUAUAGACCAGAGCCCUAUUCCCUAUAUAGUGUACUACUUUCAUGGGUCCUGGUCUAAGGUAGUGCACUAUGUAGGGAAUAGGGCCCUGGUCUAAAGUAGUGCACUAUGUAGGGAAUAGGGUCCUGGUCUAAAGUAGUGCACUAUAUAGGGAAUAGGGCUCUGGUCUAAAGUAGUGCACUAUAUAGGGAAUAGGGUUCUGGUCUAAAGUAGUGCACUAUAUAGGGAAUAGGGCCCUGGUCUAAAGUAGUGCACUAUAUAGGGAAUAGGGCUCUGGUCUAAAGUACUGCAUAUGAAGGGAAUAGGGCCCUGGUCUAAAGUAGUGCACUAUAUAGGGAAUAGGGCUCUGGUCUAAAGUAGUGCACUAUAUAGGGAAUAGGGCCCUGGUCUAAAGUAGUGCACUAUAUAGGGAAUAGGGCCCUGGUCUAAAGUAGUGCAUAUGUAGGGAAUAUGCUGUCAUUUGGAACACACAAGGGUUUUAAUGCAUGGGCAGACAGACCAGUCUUCAACAUGACCUGUCCCACAGAACACAAGGGUUUUAACAGAACAUGACAGACCAGUCUUCAACCUGACCUGUCCCACAGAACAUGACAGACCAGUCUUCAACAUGACCUGUCCCACAGAACAUGACAGACCAGUCUUCAACAUGACCUGUCCCACAGAACAUGACAGACCAGUCUUCAACCUGACCUGUCCCACAGAACAUGACAGACCAGUCUUCAACAUAACCUGUCCCACAGAAUGAGUGUUUUAACAGAACAUGACAGACCAGUCUUCAACAUGACCUGUCCCACAGAACAUGACAGACCAGUCUUCAACAUGACCUGUCCCACAGAACAUGACAGACCAGUCUUCAACCUGACCUGUCCCACAGAACAUGACAGACCAGUCUUCAACAUGACCUGUCCCACAGAACACAAGGGUUUUAACAGAACAUGACAUACCAGUCUUCAACAUGACCUGUCCCACAGAACGAGGGUUUUAACAGAACAUAACAUACAUUUCCAUAAGAAGCUUUGAAAGUCCCAUUUGACCGUGCUGUUGAACAGAGCCUUGUGUUUAGACCCUGUAGUCAUCUGCUCUAUUCAAAUCACUGGGAUUACAAAAUUCCUGUAACUUUCCACAAAUUCCCAGGUUCUCCGAAAAAUCUCGGUCGGACUAUUCCAGAUGACCUGUUUCUUCUAUCCUUGGAAAACUUCCUACUGUGAUUUCUUGAAAACCUGUGAAUUCUGGGAGAGUUGCCGGUGUUACGCAACCCGACAUGUCCCCCUUUAACCACAGAUCAGAUGUUUCCAUCCACCUUGGUAGUCUUUCACUUGAGAUGCGUCUUCUGGAAGUUUCCGUCCGUGAGCUGUUCAGGCUGGGGCUUUGAAUACUUGACAGAUCUGUGGAGAGAAACACCUGCUGGAAAUGGGAAAUGCUUGUCCUCUUCCUGUCCUGAUUGUUGUAUGGUUGGACUUUUUUUUGUAUUUUAUAAAUAAAAUAAAAAUUUAAAAAAGGGAAAAAAAACGUAACAAUAAAAUAGGUUAAUCAGA